AGCGGUCAGCUUAAGAAGCAGAGACGAAUAUGCAAUGAACUUCCUGUUUGGGUUUCCAGAAUUUCUGACUCAAAAAACUUUAUUGUGCACCUACUAUGUGUAAGGUGCCAGGGAAACUAGAUGAAAAAGGGCCUUACUCCCUUUUAAGAAUUUAUAGUCUACUGAGAAGAAAAACAGAUCUACUAAAAUAAGCAUAGUAUAGGCACAAUGUGAUAGGGCAAUGGAGAUCCUGACAGAGCUCUAGAAAUAUAUGAAGAAACCCUUUCACCUUCGAGAUCAUGGAAGGCUUCAAGGCUGAGGUGGCACUUGACCUGAGCCUUGCAGAGGAUUUUGACAGUCGAGGAGGAAGUGCUCUUCAGGCAUAGUCAGUGGCUCGUUAGAAUGCACCGAAGUGGGAGGAGAUGGGCAACAACUUCACAGCCCAGGCUGGCUGGCCCAGAGAAGGGGAGUCCUGUUUGCAAAGAUCCAUAACAUGGUGGCAGUGCUGGAAGUUAUCUCCAGCUUGGAGAAAUAUCCCAUUACCAAAGAGGCACUUGAGGAAACAAGGCUAGGAAAACUCAUCAAUGAUGUAAGAAAGAAGACGAAAAAUGAAGAACUUGCCAAACGUGCCAAGAAACUGUUGCGGAGUUGGCAAAAGUUAAUUGAACCUGUAACCCAGAACGAGCCAGUGCCAAGGGGAUUGCCGAACCCACCAGGGUCGGCAAAUGGCGGCGCUCACAACUGUAGACCAGAUGUAUCACCUGUUACAGUUCCUGGGUCCAAACCUAUUCACGAGUUGAAAAAUAGAAAUGAUAUUCAAAAGCUGAACUCCCCGAAAACAGAGAAACUGGGAAAUAGAAAAAGAAAAGGAGAACACCGUGAUGGCCAUCAAGGCCCUCCUUCCAAAGUUUCCAAAGCUAGCCAUGAACUGUUACAAAAUUCUUCUCCCCUUCCAACUAAUGGGAUUGGGGGAAGCCCUGAAAAUUUCCCCAGCCCUCUUGAUGUCAACCUGCACACAGGGCCUGAAAGCAGCAGGACAGAACACAGUGAGAAUGAUAAACACAGUAAGAUACCAGUCAAUGCCGUCAAACCUCACACGAGUUCUCCCGGACUUGUAAAACCUUCCAGCACUUCCUCACAGCUAAAGACUACAGUGCUUCAGCACCAUGAAAAGCCGGAAGAACAUACAGGGCAGCACCAACCUAAGAGUCCCCGCUGUUCAUUUAGUCCUAGCAACCUAAGGCAUGAGCCAUUUGUCCGGCAGCAUCCCACAUAUGCACCAAAGGGUUCUCUGCCUAGUCCAUCUCAAAGGCCCCACUUCUUAGAUGUUACCCAGGCUUCAUCACCCUCUUCACGAGCACCAUUGCUGAUGCAGCCCUCAACGCCUCCAGUGCCCACAAAAAGACCGGAGGCUUCCCAUCAGACUGGAGUAGAGGUUGCUCAGCACUGGCAGGAACACACGUCUUCUGAAAGUCAUCAGCGGCAUCUAGGAACCCUCCAACACACGUCUCCUGGCUGCAAAGUGGGCUCGCCCUCUGGGGAGCCUCUGAUGCCACGGGUGGGGUUUUCUCCAGAGGCUUCCAAAAUGGACAGUGAUGACAAUGCUGCUUCUGGGUCUGACAGUAAGAAGAAGAAGAGGUACAGAUCUAGAGACUACACAGUGAACUUAGACGGACAGGUUCUUGAAGGGGGUGUCAAGCCUGUCAGGUUAAAAGAGAGAAAAAUCACCUUUGAUCCCAUGACUGGACAAAUUAAACCUCUAACACAAAAGGAUUCUUUGCAGGUAGAUAUCCCUGCCCUUGCUGACCAGCACAGGACAGAACCGGACAAGCCGGAGCAAAAAACCAACCUGCAGAGUCCUUUUGAACAAACGAACUGGAAAGAGUUGUCCAGAAAUGAAAUAAUUCAGUCCUAUUUAAACAGACAGAGUAGUUUGCUUUCCUCAUCAGGCGUACAAACACCAGGAGCUCAUUAUUUCAUGUCUGAAUAUUUAAAGCAGGAAGAAAGCACUAGAAGAGAAGCUAGAAAGACUCAUGUUCUAGUGCCAAACAGUAUAUCCACAGACCUGCCUGGAGUUAGUAGAGAGAUCACAAAUGAUGAUCUCAACAGAAUAAGGCAACUCCAUUGGCCAGGGGUGAAUGGUUGUUAUGAUACACAGGGUAAUUGGUAUGAUUGGACGCAGUGCAUAUCUUUAGAUCCACACGGUGAUGAUGGUAGAUUGAACAUCCUGCCUUAUGUCUGCCUAGACUGAAUAUAAGAUUGCUAAAAUGCUUUCACAUCUGCAGUUAGCAAACACAGCAGGGCAGACUCCAUGACGCUUAACAUGGAGAGUGCACCUCUUGUCCUGGAAAACAGGCCUGGAAGAGGGUCUCGAGGGGCUGAUCCUUUGUAGCUCUUCUGUCUAAGUUCUUCUUUUGUGAAAUGCUGCUACCAGUUUACUAACAAAAAUAGCAAAGGAAGGGCGUACGAAGGACAAAGAAUUGAGUUCAAAACUCUAUAGCAAACCAGCUAUAAAAAGUGUUAGUCCCCAAAAGGUUCAGAUGAUUUCCAGCACAUGUGAAUGCCGGAAUCUUAUCUACAGGCAGGUACAGAAUACUUGUGGAAGAGUUACCUUAAAAGUACGCAUCUAUUUAUUUGCAUUGAUUUUUUUUUUUUAAUUUGGCAGUGAGAUGUCUGUGAGACAGUGUGCAACAGCUGUAGUUUUAUUUGUAUUUGCAUCAUCUCUCUGUUGAACGAUUGGGUUAUUUUAAGUCACAUGGUGCAGAUUUUUUUUUCAAACUGCAGCCAUGCACCACUGCAGUUACCCAGUUUCUAACUCCACAUUCCGUAGGCAUCCACAUAUUUUAGUCUGGUUUCAGUUUAAAUCCAGUCUCCAAGAAAUGCUGCAAAAAUUUAGUUUUUUUAAAAGUCCCCUCCCUUCCCCCUACCCAGUAGCCAAAUAAUUUUUGUCCUUUUUCCCUUCCUACAAAUUUCUAGAAAACUUCAUCUUUCUAGAGUCCAAAAAUGUAACUGCGGGUGCUACUAGUGUGUAACUGUCCUGUGAGGGAAGAGGGAGCCUGUUUUGUAUGCUGGAAAUAUACUUGUUACCAUUCCUUUAGAUAUUGUUUGCCUUACGGAUAUUCAUCAUAAACGCGAUUUGCAAAAACAAAGAGCCUUAGUGAAUGUACAGUGACUAGACUUCUGUGUUCUUCAGAUGCAGAAGGGAGCAACUUUGCUAUUUGGUCCUUUAAGUGGACACAUUGUGAUAUAAAUGUGGAAAUAAAAAAAAAUUUGCACAAAAAA